GCUCUUGAAUUAAAAAGGCGGAGGGAAGGGAAGAAGGACCCGAGCAGAGCCAGGAAAGCAGGGGAGAGCUUAUUCCUGGUGCUUGUUUUCAGUCAUGCUUGUGCUGCUUCCAUUACGGCUCAAGUCAGGAUUAACAGAGUGGACAGAGUCGCCACAAACACGGUGUCGUCUCUGUGUGUCGAGACGAUGAUUUCAGGUGGCAGCGCAAAUAUAGCCACUGCUGCGGUCCGCGUGUCGCCUGCAGACGCACACACUCAGACGCUCGCUGCUCCCUGAAAUACUCACGUACGCCCGGAUAAGACACACAUUGAGAGAGACAAUUUGUGCCCAGUCAUCCAGAAAUCACAAGGACGCCUGUCGUGUUAUUUGUCCGGGUAGUUUGUCCUUGUUUGUGGAGCGGCUCGUGAUGCCCUUGGAUAGUGAUGACUCCUGUGUUUGUGUUUGGCUCCCACUCACACAGCCACCCUUGGAGCCGUGGAAGCUCUACGCAACAGUUGGAGUGCUGCUGGCCAUCGACUUCCUGUCACUCAUGAUCUGGCAGAUUGUGGAUCCUCUGCAAAUCACAGUCGAGAUGUUCACUAAGGAGGCCCCUAAAGAAGAUCUGGAUGUCCUAAUUCAGCCUCUGCUGGAGCACUGCAGCUCGAAGAAGAUGAACACGUGGCUCGGCGUGGUUUAUGGCUACAAGGGUCUUCUACUGCUGCUGGGCAUUUUUUUGGCUUACGAGACCAAGUCUGUCUCCACCGAGAAGAUCAAUGACCAUCGAGCCGUGGGGAUGGCCAUUUACAACGUAGCUGUGCUGUGCCUGAUCACGGCCCCGGUGACGAUGAUCCUGUCUUCCCAGCAGGACGCCUCCUUCGCCUUCGCCUCUCUGGCGAUCGUCUUCUCUGCCUACAUCACUCUGGUGGUGCUCUUCGUACCGAAGAUGCGACGUCUCAUCACCCGCGGCGAGUGGCAGUCAGAGCAGCAGGACACGCUGAAGACCGGCUCGUCCACCAACAACAACGACGAGGAGAAGUCCAGGCAGCUGGAGCGGGAGAACAGGGAGCUGCAGAAGAUCAUCCAGGAGAAAGAAGAGAGGGUGUCGGCACUUCGCAACCAGCUGGCCGAGCGUCAGGCCAUACGUAACCGCCGCCAACCCACCUCAGGCCAGAACCAGAACCACAACGCUCCGCCGCCGACGUCGCUGACCGACCCCAAGUCGCUGCUUCCUCCUCCGGGCUACCCCAACCCCGCCUCGGACAAUCACUCCAUGCCGCCUUCCUUCUCCAACUCGUCCAGCCUCUACCCGGCCGACAAGAUGAGCCGCAACCACUGUCACAACAGCCAGAUCCCGCUGCUCUACAAGUAGGCCACGGGGGGGUGGGGUUGGGGUUUGGGGGGGGGGGGAGUCAUCUCACAGCGCACACAUGAGGGGGAGAAACGACACACAAGCAGGACACAACUGUGACGUUCGGCUUGUUUGGGAGGAGAGCUCAGCGGUGACGGGCGCACAGGUAACACCCUUCCUCACCGUUCUGCGUUUAAACCCGGAAACGAAGCUCACGGCGACGGCGCCGAGCGCGUCUCCGACCUGCAGAUGUCAUCUGGACGUUUACGCUCUCUGUCCUCGCUUCCUGGGGAUCGCCUUCCUUUGUGGAGGCGGGGACAUGUAAGGAAAAACGUGCGUUUCUGUGGGUUUUUUUUGCGAUUUUGUCUCCAUGUUUCGUCUGAUGGGGUUUGUUGAGUAGAAAUCCACAUGCAGUAGAUGGUUUAUAUUGUUCUGUAAUAUUUGAUCUGUUUUGUCACGGAGUUGUUGUUUGAUUCUGUGUUCACUAUUCAGGAGAAAACUGACAGUUCCAGACUGAUAAAAGCAAUGUACAGAUUUUAUCCGACGUUCCCGCUGGGGAGCCGGAUCUGCAGGAACGCUGCGUUUAUCCAAAAGUGAUCAUGUGCUUUAUUUAACAGCCAUACCUUAAAGGUCAGGAGGUCAGCAUGUAUGGAUGUGUGUUGUCCAGACGGCAUUUCAAUAAUACGUUUUUAUUAACGUGAUGAUGAGUAGGGAGAAUAACGAAUGCUUUGGGCUAAUUCUGAUCCUCCAUGUUUGUUUUUUGUCCAUUUUUAAUUCCUUUUUAUCUAAUAUAUCUGUUCAGUAAUGAGGGAACGCCUGAAUGCUAAGUCUAGACAACAGGCCCUCGUCUCUGAAGACGAUACUGGUCCAAUUUCACACGAGCCAAACAUCCUCCUGAGCUUCUGACCCUGUUCUGGUGUUUAAAACGGAGCUAAUGAGAAACUUCUUGCUUCAUUAAAGCCUCAUCAAGGAUGUACAAGAAAAUCAAUGUCCUGAGAUCAGGGAACAACAUCAAGUCAAAUCUUCAUGUAUGAUCCAGUUAUAAUCCACACAAACAUUCAAAUAUUGCAAAGUUUUAGUGCAAUAAAUGAUGCGGAUUGGACACUGCGUCCAGUGAGUUAUGACACUGAAGCUCUUACCUCAGUAGGUCGUGUCUUCUCACCUUUGCAGCUCAUAUUAACAUCUUCAGAUCCCAGCUGUUGAAACAUGGUGGCUGCAAAUAAAAGCGUUCCACAUUAAAGUUUUAGGGAGCCAACAGAAGCUGAAGCUCAGUUGCAUAAAUGUUUUUUUCUGUUGCUGAUUUGGCUCAGAUAUUUUGACAAAGCUCAGUUUGUCUCUAGGUAUUACGGUAUUGUGACCCACAUGCGUCACAAGGUCAUGAACACAGCAUAACAAACCAGCCUUAGCUGUCAAAAAUGUUUUGUUUUUUUCACUUUAAUAGAGUUUACAUUUAAAAGCUUAAAUCAAAUAUUAAACCUUAACAUUAACAAAAAUCAGACUGGCGUCAGUUUAAUUCACACGAUUACGGCAGAAUAUUUGAAUAAAGUCAAGCGAUGCUUUCACAGACGAGGUUGUUCAGCAGGAGCUACAUCAUCUUGCAAAACUCAAAUCUUUUCCUGUUAUUCUUUUUACAUCCCAGCCAUAAACUGAUGCAUUUUAUUGGGAUUUUAUUGGGUAGAUCAAAGCAAAGCAAAGGUGCGGCAUGCUGUUGUAAUUAGUCCUUGUGAGUCAAUAAGUUGUGGAACGACCUUUCGCUGCAAUUAAAGCUGCAAGUGUUUCAGCUUUAAUUGAAAUGUUUGCCCAUUAUUUUUUUAACAAAACAGCUCAAACUGAGCCAGACUGCACAACAAACGUCUCUGAGCAACAGUUGUAAAGUUUGUUCAGAAGUUUUUAAUUUUGAUUUAGGUCUGGACUAGACCAUUCAUGCACAUGUAUGUUUUAAACUAACCCAAUAGAGUUCAAAGUCAGUCCUAAAGGACCUCAGAAGUUAGAUGUUGCUCUUAUUUAUUACACCUUAAUCAAAUGAAAGGUUCCUUAGCAGGCGUCUGCAAUGGUAGGGGACAUCCUGAGGAAGUAGCUCAGCUGCUUUAGUCAGCUGUGUUGGAGCAUGGACAAAUCUAAACCCUGCAGGAUUAAGGACUGGAGCUGGACACCUCAGACUGAACCGUCCAUUGGAGCUCUGGCUGUAUGUUUAAGGUGGUGCUGCAGCUGGAAGCUCAAACUCCACCUUGCUUUCUAGGCUUCUGAAGCCUCCAAUAGUUACCUGAAGUUACCGUACAACUUUAUUUUUAAAGCACCUUAAAGCAGCAGCAAAGCCGACUGAAAGGCUUUACAAUAAAACAACCAAAUAGAGCUCCAAGAAUAAAACCCUUUGCUAAAAGCCAAGUCCCUUACAAGGCUUUUAGCAAACUGGGAGUGCAUGACUAAUAGUUACCCUGCCAACAUAUUCUGCCACCUGAGCUACUGAUCUCUACAUCUCCCCCAGAGCAACAAUAGGCUACUUGAAAACGUCGGCUUGCCUGGUAGGAUUUUGAUUUGUAAACUGUUUAGAAACCCAUCUGUCAUUUUCCUUCCACCUCACAGUUUGGCACUGAGUUGUGUUGGUUUGUCCCAUGAAAUCCCCAAAAGCAGCCUGAGUUCUGUUAAUGUAACAAGAUGUGGAAAAGGUUGAUGGGGUAUGAGAACUUUUGCAAAGCACUUCAAAUAGGCGCAUGUUUCCCCCUAGAUUUUUACAAAUGGGGAUCUGUUACACGUCAUUCCUGUGAGCUUUUUCAGAUUUUUAUGAAGAUGUUCAACAUGUUUUCAUGUGGGAAAACUGUAAAUAACCUCAGUUUUGUUUGUUUUUUCUUUUUCUUUAAACAUGUUGCAAAUGUAUCAAAGUAAGAGAUAGAGGAAGAUAUUCUGUAUUUAUAGCCGUUAUUCUGGAAGUUCUGUUUCAGUCUUGGGUUAAAGCUGGAGGCUAGAAUGAUCCACUAACUCCAUCAGCAGGUAAAAUAAGAGUUUAUCAGAUAUUAUCCAAUGACUGGUGGUAAAUCUGAGUAUGCACAUUAACCUGAACGAGGAUGGAUGCUUGGUCUAUAGGUUUUUAGCUCACUGUGUCAAUGACAUAUGGCUCCUGUUAACCGUGUUGCUGGGUCAGAUGGUGUAACAUAUGAAUGCGGAAAUAAUUUAACAAAUGUUCUAUUAUCUUGCACAUAUAUGCUGUUAAACAUGGAUUGGGGGAUAUUUGUACUCAUUAUAUCUAAAGAUGCUAAAUGUUAAUAUAUUUCAGAGUAUCUGUAUGCUAAUAUGUGGGUAACAUGAAUAAAAUGUCUGUUUUUUCACUGGA